CUGAUGAAUGGGCAUUGUGGUGUUGUGAGAUCGAGGGCGGUGAAAAGACAUAGCCCUCCCACUGGAAGACAAGUCAGGAGCGGUAGACGUGUGCCUCCCGCACUCACACACCCACACACACAAGGCUCGCUUUGUGUGGCCAGGCAGCGAGAGCAUUGCAUCUCCACUCAACGGCACAACAGCCCUCUUUGCAUCAUGGAUGCAGUGAAGUUUUUUUCUUGCAUGCGGCAGAGAUAACCUCCUCCGAGCUGAGCUGAGCGGGGAACAUACUGUAUUGUUGUUAGCAAUGCGCCGAGGUUAAACAAGAGGGAAGUGAAAUAUUUAUUUUUGUGAUUCGCACAGCAGCGACUUGCCGGGGCUGGAGUAUUUCAGCUUUAAAGCACUCCAAAUGCGGCAUUGUUAUAAGCUUUCUGAUUGUCUGCAUCACCAGCGAGCCGGAGGACCAUGUGAAGCAGGUCGGCACCCACUGCAUCCGCCCGCCCGCACCAAGCAUGCAGCCUCGCCGGCUGUGCCCCCGCUCCCGGCUCUCGCUGGCCGUAGCCCUGUGUGUCUUUGUCCUGUGCUGGCUCUACGUCUACCCGGUCUACAGGAUACCGGACGAGAAGGAGAUCGUCAGCGAGAUCCUGCGCCAGGGGAGGUGGAAGCGAAACCAGACAGCCAUCGCUGGCUUCAGGCGACUCCUUCAACAAUGCUGUGACACGCAGAGGUUAUUCGCCGUGACAAAGCUGAACUCGCCCAUGGGAAAGAGCCUCUGGUUUGACGGAGAGUUCCUCUACUCACUGGCCAUCAACAAGGAGAUCUUCUCCAUGUUUCCCCAGGAUACACCGAUCCAGCUGCCACUGAAAAAGUGCUCGGUGGUGGGAAAUGGCGGAAUCUUGAAGAAGAGUAACUGUGGCAGCAUCAUCGACAAGGUGGAUUUCAUCAUGCGUUGCAACCUCCCUCCUCUCACCAGCGAAUACACCAGUGACACCGGCUACAAAACGCACCUGGUGACUGCAAAUCCCAGCAUCAUCGAAAAAAGAUUUCAAAACCUGCUGUGGUCCCGGAAAUCCUUUGUGGAGAGCAUGAAGGUGUACGGUGGGAGCUACGUCUACAUGCCGGCCUUUUCCAUGAAGACGGGAACGGACCCAUCCCUCCGCACUUACUACACGCUGUCGGACUUCAGUGCCAACCAGACGCUCCUCUUCGCCAAUCCCGAUUUUCUGAGCAGCGUGCAGAAAUUCUGGAAGAGGAAAGGGAUCCACGGCAAGCGUUUGUCCACGGGCAUGUUCCUCGUCAGCGUAGCCAUGGGCCUCUGCGAAGACGUUACCCUCUAUGGGUUUUGGCCAUUUUCAAUAGACCUGCAAGGCAAGAUAAUCAGCCACCAUUAUUAUGACAAUAUCAUGCCUUAUUCAGGCUACCAUGCCAUGCCUGAAGAGUUUCUCCAACUUUGGCUCCUGCAUAAAAGUGGCAUCUUAAAGAUGCAGAUUGGCAAAUGUGAAGAUGGCUUGAUCUAAUCUUCAUUCCAGAAGAAUGGAGCUGUAUAUUGUACAGGUUUCCUGCUGUAAUCCUUUUGGGUAGAAUCUCAUCAACUUGCACUGACAAAAUGUUCCAUUUCAGUAGUGAAUACUUUCUUCCAAGAAAAUUGGUUUGAAGCCAGAUUUCUUCCUCAUUGCCACAAACUGUGAAUGGAUAUAGGGUCAGCAACUUUCAGGCUGAGCUGAAUAACACUUCCAACACCUGACCUGCACUGUGCGUGGAAUAUAAUGUCGCUAGGAGCUAAUGAGACGCUGAUGGAAUGACUGACCAUGUUGGUUUAUACUUGUGUCGGUAAACCAACAUAAGUAACGAAUGCCUCGACAGCUCCAAGACUGACGUUUGGAAGGGGUGUGUGUAAAUAUUGUCUCUCGCAGUUGUUACCGAAGGAUUCUCAGUUGGUGAAAGUAUCACCAAAGUUUCAUAAUUAGUCUGCGGGUUUUACCAGAUGCAGAUUCGGACUCGGUACACUUUGUAAAGGAGCAUGCGUUAAACAAAUUGGUAUGAGUUAUUCUACUAAUUUCUGUUCUUGCUCAUAGGAAAUUAUUUUGCAAGCAUUUCAUUCAGUGUGAAGGAAUUAGCUUAGUACUUUUUACAGAGUAGACCUUCUUGAACCAGCAUCGAUGAGCCUAUCUCUAAAUCAGUUUUGCUUUGACAUUGCAGAUACAGAAUAGGCUUCCACCUCUUGCGUUUGUCUACGGAACUUUAUCUUGUCUUUCCAUUGCCAUUCCCCGUUCGUUCCGAUAAGGUACUAUAGAUACAUCUAAUUAUGUUUUUCCCUAACAGUGGGCAAGUCAAAAAAGACCACGGCCCAUUGCAGUGAUAAUUUACAAAAAGUACUGACAGCAAGUGAAUGCAUUUGUUACCUUCAUGGAGUAAACCGUUUGGAUCAUGAAAAUACUUUUUCUUUGAAACACUCUCUCUGACAUAAGAUAGGCGAGGUUAUGAUCCAAGCGUAGGUACGUGUUAGAUUUGUAUUCAUAGUGGAGACACGCAUACUGAGCGGAAACGUGUGAUUUCCAUGGCUAUGUAGUAGCGAUGGCAAAGCUGUUUCUAUUUCAAGAGAGAGUGAAUUACUCCAAACAUUUAUCAAUUGUGUAUCCCACAUCUUCACCAAGCCCAAGAGUGGGAGUUAAUUGUUUCACCAAUAUAUGGAUAGCACGGUGGUACAACUGGUAGAACUGCUGCCUCACAGCGCCAGAGACCCGGGUUCGAUCCUGACCUCUGGUGCUGUCUAGAGUAAAUGGCCGCUGUAAACUGUCUCUAAUGUGUAGGGAGUGUUACAAUCAAUAGGGGUGGAGGGCGAUCUAUGGAGAAUAAAUUGGCAUCAGUAUAAUGCAGGCACAAGGAACUGCAGAUGCUGUAAGCUAAAAAUGGGAUCUGUGCAGGAUGGGUGUCAAUGAGUGUUUGGAUGUUGGCACACACCUGUUGGAGAAGGGUCAGUCUCUAAGCUCAAGAAGGAACUGCAGAUGCUGGAAAAUCGAAGGUAGACACAAAUGCUGGAGAAACUCAGCGGGUGAGGCAGCAUCUAUGGAGCGAAGGAAAUAGGCAACGUUUCGGGUCGAAACCCUACUUCUAAGUUCUAACCUAAAGAGUUUCUAAGCUCAAUGGGUGACACAGUGGCGCAGCGGGUAGAACUGUUACCUGAUAGCACCAAAGACCGGGUUUGAUCCUGACCUCAGGUACUGUCUGUGUGGAGUUUGCACGUUCUCCCUGUGACUAUGUCGGUUUCCUCCCACAUCCCAAACACGUGAGGGUUUGUAGGUCAAUUGGCCCUAGUGUGUAGGGAGUGGAUGAGAAAUCAAUCAUAGAUCUCCUGAUAUGAACAUGGGGAAGUCUUGCUCAUCAUUAAUAUCAGGUACCUUUGGUUAAGAAAGACAUGUGGUUGUAACAUCAGAGAUAAGAAUUGUCUGUCUGGUGUCAAUUUAAAAAAUAUAUAUUUUCUGACUCAGGUUUAAAGCUAUUUCCAACACAUUUCUCCUUUAGUACGGAUUUUUUUUAGUGAUGAUAUUACAAAGGCGGGUUGUAGUUUGACUAGUAGCAAAUCCAUGCCAAAUUUCAUAGGGUUAUAAGAAGUGUCCUAUCUUACCCGGUAACACUGAAUUGCUCCCACCUCUCUAUUCUCUCACGUAGUCAUGGCUGAAGGAAAGGAACCCAGAUAGUUUUUAGUGAGGUGGAAGGGGUUCCUUGUGACAAAUAUCUGCAUGGAUGCAUCUCUGAAGCAUUCUAGAUUUCUUAAAAUCAAUGAAUUUCAGGUAUCGGCUUUGAAAACCGUGUCGCCAAUUUGUACAUAAACUAAGGACAGUAUUCUGAAUGGUUUUGUGAACCUAUACAACUUAAACAAGAGUGGCGCAGCGGUAGAGUUGCUGCCUCACAGCGCCAGAUACCCAGGUUCGAGCCUGACUACGGGUGCUGUCUGUAUUGUACGUUCUCCCUGUAUCCAGCCUGAGUUUUCUCUGGGACCUCCGGUUUCCUCCCAUACUCCAAAAUCGUACAGGUUUGUAGGCUAAUUGGCAAAAUUGUGAAUUGUCCCUAGUGUGUACAGGAUAGCGUUAGUGUGCGGGGAACGAUGGUCGGUGCGGACAAGGUGGGCCGAAGGGCCUGUUUUUGAGCUGCAUCUCCAAGCUAAACUAAAGUCAUGCUUAAGUAUUCAAUGGGGAUCCUCAGCAAAGUGCCAGGUUAGACAAGGGCAUCUGGCAUCACAGGGUGCCAUGGUCAUUUUGACUUGGAUUGCGAAAGGAAGACAUUGUUGGACUUUUUCGUAUAACAUACGGUUCCAUGGAGAUGCCAGGAAUGUUGGUUUUUCAACUGGAAAGCCAACUGAUUUGCAAAUUCUUCUCUUAAUGACCGAGUGAAGUGUGUCAUAAAGUCAUUUGGCAGAGAAACAGGCCCUUCCGCCCAAUUUGACUUCAAGUCAGAGAUCAGCCCCAACCUGUGAAAGCUUCCUUCCUAGGUACACAAAAUUGCUGGAGAAACUCAGUGGGUGCAGCAGUAACUAUGGAGCGAAGAAAAUAGGCGACGUUUCGGGCCGAAACCCUUCUUCAGACUGAUGGGGGGUGGGAGGGGAGAAGGAAGGAAAAAGGGGAGGAGGAGGAGCCCGAGGGCGGGGGGGGAUGGGAGGAGACAGCUCGAGGGUUAAGGAAGGGGAGGAGACAGCAAGGGCUAGCAAAAUUGGGAGAAUUCAACAUUCAUGCCAUCCGGAUGCAAGCUGCCCAGGCGGAAUAUGAGGUGCUGUUCCUCCAAUUUCCGGUGUUGCUCACUCUGGCAAUGGAGGAGACCCAGGACAGAGAUGUCAGAUUGGGAAUGGGAGGGGAGUUGAAGUGCUGAGCCACCGGGAGUUCAGGUAGGUUAUUGCUUCCUUCCUGUUUGCUAAAAUGGUGAAACUGUAGGAAGGAUGUGUAUGAGUCACGGAGUGGAUAACAUCCCAGCUAAAUAGAGAAAGUGGAGGCGGCAUCUCUCCCAGCAAUGCUACUUAAGGCAGCGGUAGAUAGAUUCUUAAUUAAUUUUGGUGUCAGGGGUUAAGUAGAAUAGGCAGGAGAAUGGGGUUAGGAGGGUGAGAGAGACCAGCCGUGAUUGAAUGGCAGAGUAGACUUGAUGGGCCGAAUGGCUUCAUUCUGCUCCUAUCACAUGAUCUUAUGAACAAAAUAGGCAUAGACUUAGGUGGAUGGAUAUAAUGUCACAGAUUGUGAAUGUUAGGUGGUUGUCAUUGGAUGUGUUGUCUGUUAAGCUGUUAUGUCAAAUGCCUUGUAGUCCACUUGAAGGUUUUAGAAAAUGGACCUAGAUGGAAAUCUGUGGAGGUAUAGCAUAUUCCACUGGGGGGUAAUAGUGUAACCUGAUUUAAACCGGGUCAAAUUUAAAUAAUUGAAAGUAGGAGGAAAAAAAAGUAUUUUAAAACUCUUAGUGUCUGUGUCUCUGCCCCUCGUGCUUUCCAGUUAGCAAAACAACUGCCUAUCGACUGUGGAAAUGUAUUUCUACACUGUGAGUCCGAACAGUAUUAAUGUGAGAUUAAGCUGAAGGUAUGAGGGGGCGAUAUGCAGCAAGUCAGGCGGCAUCUGUGGAGGGAGGAAGAGAGUUAUCUCUCCAGUACGAUAACCAGUCGUCAGAACCCUUAACGUGCGUGCCAGCAAUUCUGUAUGUUGGGUUCUAGUAUUUAAUAUUUUAUUUAGAAGGGGCAAUUCACAGUGUUAUUUGUGCCGUGUUGACAGUAUUGUGUAUGAGCCAAAUGAUGCAGCAGUAUAAAGCUGCAUCUUGAGAAUACUUUAGCUACUUAGGCUGUUCUUUAUUGAGCAGCGGACAUGAUUAGACUUGGUUUCCUAUCUGGCUACCUCAGGUGUGGGUAUAUGAGUUCUAACUGCCUUAAUUAUUCUUCUGUUGGAGGAAACAAAAGGGGCGCAAAUCCGAGAUCAAAAUAAAAACGAAAGGGCCCUGAUUUUAAAGGCCAUGAUUUUGAAUUAAAAUGGGUUUGUGCCUGUGAUGCAGUUAAUUUAUGGUCUGUUCCUGUCACAGGUAGACCCUGUUCAACAAUACGAAAGCCCUUGAUUCUGGUGGCCUCCUUAUAUUAAAACUUAGUUGCAAACAGAUUCUUUAAAGGAUUCUGAAUAUUUUCCCUGUCCAUAAGAUUUUUCUUUAUUAAACUGGCCAUUUCUAUUCGCUGCAAUAGUGCAGAAUAGAGGCAGUGCACAGGAACAGGCCAUUCGGCCUACCUUGUAUGCUAACCAAGUUGUCAUACUGGGCUAGUCCCAUUUGCCCGUAUUUGGCCCAUAGCCCUCUGGGCCCGUCCCACCUUCACGACCUAAUUCACGACCUCUGCCGAGUUUGCCCUUGGCUCAUACUCGCAGCAUGGUCGUCACGAGGUCGUAGGAGAUCGUAGGUAGGCCGUGAUGCUAGUCGUAGGUACUCGUGGCAUCAAGUAGGUCGGGGCGUUUUUCUAGCCUGAUGAAAAAUGUCCAUGAGUAAAAAAGGUUGUGAAUUAGGUCAUGAAAAAGUGACAGGCCCUUAAAACACCGUCAUUUAUAACUCCAUUUAAUUUGGUUUCCAUAGACGUUUGAGUGAAAACAUAUGAACCAAAGUAUUUCAAGUCAUAGUGAGUCCUGUAACAGUUCAACAGGUAGCGUAAGUGUGAAGUCCCUCACAUUUUCAGUCAUUUUCACACUAGAGGUACGAUAUGUUUAAACAGCUGUCAUUUUGCACAUUAAAUCCUUCUUUUGGGGGGAGUUUCCAUUUUAGGACAGUGCAGCUUUAUAAAAAAACAAAACAAAUUUCCGUUCUUUAGAUUUGUAGGUCAGAAGUAUUUUGUCGCGAUUUUGAGAAACGAUGUCACCAAAGUGACAAGGAAAUUAUAGGGGGCAUCAACGCAAAAUGGAUGUCCAGUUGCCAGGCUUAUGACUUUGUGGUGAAAAACACAAUCACCGAUUUUUAAUUGUUGCAUGUGGAUUAAAAAAAACAAUACUGCAGCAUGAUGUUUUAAUGUUCCCGUUGUUACUUCCCCCCCCCAUUAUACCUCCCUGUUAUUGUUUCUGGAGUCUCGACGCCCCCUGUAGUAACCUAGGGCCGACCAGCGAUAUUUGUGUCAGUGCGUCUUUUGAGAAGUCCGUGUGGCUAGAGGUGGGAUUACGGUUUGACGUGCGUUCAGGGGGAACACUGCAUGCUAACCAGAGGCUGUGGUCCAAAGCCAGGCUCCUGAGCUGUUGUUUUGGAUGUGAACCUAUUUCCAGAGGGAGAUGCCACAUUUUACUUAAAGUGCAAAAUCUCUUCAUCAAAGUAACGACAAAAGUUUGUAUUCGCCAUAGAGGAUUUAUUUAUGUCUGAGUUUUGACGUUUUACGAUAUUGGUGGUAUUGAAAUUCUUUUUGAUGGCAUUUUCAUUUCACUGAUUUCUAUUGCUGAAACUGAUGGCUGUGUUUUAAUGUUGUUUGUUCACUACCUACCGAAUUAUGACCUGACCUGUGUACGUUCAGUAGCCUCCAAGGGCAUUCAGAUUUUAAAGCUUUAGGUUCAAGGGGAAGUUAGACUGGUACUUGCUGAGCCCCAUGUUAUUAUAUACAGACAAUUGAUGCCAAAAGGGAUUUAAUUCCGGUUCUGAGCCAUUAACUUCACCUACAGGUUGAAACUGCCUAGUCAGGCAUCAUAGAACAUAG